UCACGAUGUCUGAACAACCGGGGAAAUCAGAUGUUGGAGCCAUCGGCAACAAGUUUGAAGCCAACAAAUUAAUCGAAGAGCUGAAGGCUCAAGCGGCUGCUGUGAAAGACACGUUUUGCGAGGGUGCCACUGAAGAAGAUGUCGAGGAUGCAGAGAUGACGUACGUUGAUCCCACCGACGGUACAGUUUACGAAUGGGACGAACAGAAACGUGCAUGGUUUCCAAAGGUAGAUGAAGGCUUUAUUGCUCAGUAUCAAGCCGGUUACGGAUUUACUUCGGAGGCUGAACAAUGGGCAAUAAAGGCUGCAGAGGAAGCAGCCGAGAGAGCAAAGAGGGGCAAUACUGAAGAUUCUAAGACCAAGCGGAAAGGUAAAACUGAAGAAGAAAGUGACAGUGCAAAAAAGAGAAAGGAUGAAAACGAUCAGGGGUGGUUUGACAUUGAGGAUGACAAAAACACUAACGUCUAUGUAUCCAAUCUUCCAACCAAUACCACUGACGAAGAGUUUUUUGAGCUGAUGUCUAAGUGUGGCAUAAUAAUGGAAGAUCCAGAAAAAAAGGAGCCAAAAAUCAAAUUGUACAGAGAUGAUGAAGGUUAUCUGAAGGGUGAUGGGCGUUGCUGCUACCUGAAGCGUGAGUCAGUUCAGCUGGCAUUGCAGUUGCUCGACAAAAGCAAAUUCAAAAACAGUAUAAUAACUGUGGAAAAGGCUGUGUUUCAAAUGAAAGGUAACUACAAUCCUGGGCUGAAGAAGAAAAAGAAAGGAAAGAAGAAGAGCAAGCAGUCGGCACAGGAAAAGUAA